CCCGGACAGACCCCCGAGGACUGACUGAGUGCUGUAAUGAUGAGGUGUCUGCUGUGUUUCCUGCUGCUGGCUCCGGUCCUGGCCACAAACCCGCUCAGUGCGCCAGACCCGGACCUCAGCGCCGCUCAGAGCUUCGCUCAGACCCGGAGCCAUGGCCGAGCCCCGGUCCGGACCCUGAACCCGGCAGAGACAGACUCUCAGUGCAGGAGCCGCACCCUGGACCUGGUCUUUAUCAUUGACAGCUCUCGCAGCGUGCGUCCUGGCGAGUUUGAGAAGGUGAAGAUCUUCCUCGCCGACAUGGUCGACACGCUGGACGUGGGCUCGGACGCCACCAGAGUGGCCGUGGUCAACUACGCCAGCACCGUCAAGAUCGAGUUCCUCCUCAAAAACCACUUCAACAAGCCCGACAUGAAGAAAGCCAUCACACGCAUCGAGCCCUUGGCGGCCGGGACCAUGACCGGCCUCGCCAUCAAGACCGCCAUGAACGAAGCCUUCACCGAGGAGUCCGGCGCCCGGCCUCGCUCCAGUGGGAUCUCCAAGGUGGCCAUCAUCGUGACGGACGGGAGACCCCAGGACCAGGUGGAGGAGGUGUCCGCCGCAGCCCGGGCCUCGGGCAUCGAGAUCUACGCCGUCGGGGUGGAUCGAGCCGACAUGCGGUCGCUGCAGCUGAUGGCGAGCAUCCCUCUGGACGACCACGUCUUCUACGUGGAGACCUACGGCGUUAUCGAGAAGCUCACCUCCAAGUUCAGGGAGACGCUGUGCGGUUUGGACCCGUGUGCCAUGGGACAUGACUGCCAACACAUUUGUGUCAACAGCAACGCCUCGUAUUACUGCCAGUGCCGGACCGGUUAUAUCUUGAAUGCGGACAAGAAAACAUGUUCCCUGAAACGUAAUGAAGCGGUGAAGGUGGUGGUGAAGGAGGAUCCCUGUAAAUGUGAAGCCCGACUGGCUUUCCAGAAGCAGACGCAGGCGGCCCUGCAGCAGCUCUCAGCCAAACUGGCUGAUGUGUCCGGGAGGAUGGAGCGUCUGGAGAACAUGGUGGGCCGAGCCUGA